GUUCAACAAAGUGCCCCACCACAUAGAAAAUACUACAAGAAAACAAAAACACUUGUAAUUUGUAAGACUAUAUUAUUUCAUUUGUACCUUAUUGUAUGUAAUAUUUCUAUAUAUAUUACAUAAGAUUCAGAGCGAUGAUGACUUUGAAAGAAGAAAUUCAGACUUUUGAGUCCAACACAAAGAGAACGAUCGUUGCCAAUACAAGGCAAACUAUUAUACACAUACCCAGCAAGCUAGUUAGCUAGGCACACCAAGAAAUUUUUUAAGAGAAAAUGGGGAAGAAAUAUGUGAGACUUUGCUUUGGAGGCCGGCCCAGAAGUAGUGGUUGUUUCCGGGUUCAUUCCCUUCAGUGUAUUCGGUCAAAACCCAGAUCCAAUUCGUUUGGAUCGGUUGGUCAGAAGGCAGAAUUUUUGAGCCAAAACAGUAAUAAUAACAUAGCUACUGAUACAGGAACUUUAGCAAGAGAUGAUGAUGAAGAUGAGAAGAUCAGUACUGGUAAUAAUGGGGCUGAUCAGUCAAUGGGGAACAAGAUAAUGAUUGUCGUUGAUUCAAGUCUUGAAGCCAAAGGAGCUCUGGAUUGGGCUCUAUCUCACACUGUUCAGAGCCAAGAUACUGUCGUUCUUCUUCAUGCCACCAAGCCUUCUAAACAAGACUUAAGUGGGAAAGUAAAUAAUCUCAGGGCCACUGAAGUUCUUCACUCUAUGAAAAAUACUUGUGAAAAGAAAAAGCCUGGGGUUAAAGUGGUGAUAGAAAUGCUACAAGGGAAAGAAAGAGGAGCAGCAAUAGUGGAAGAAGCAAAAAGACAAAGUGUGUCAUUACUAGUGUUAGGUCAAAAGAGAAAGAGGUCGAUAUGGUGGAGCAUAAUGAGGAGAUGGUCAAGAAAUGGGGUUCGAGGAGAUGUAGUGGAGUAUUGCAUAGAAAAUGCUUCAUGCAUGACCAUUGCUGUGAGGAGAAAGCACAAGAAGCAAGGAGGAUACUUAAUCACCACCAAGCGUCACAAGAACUUUUGGCUUUUGGCUUAAGAUAACCGUUAUUUAUAUGUAAGAAAAGAUAAUAAAGAAAAAAGAAGAGAAAAGUAAAUAAUUCUUAAUUCAUUGUUUUUUAGUUUUGUGAAUUAUUUUCACACCCCAUAUAUGUAUUUGUGGAUUCUAGAUAUGUUUUUCUUGGUGUAACCAUGUUUUUUAGUUUGGUUAAUAUGAUCGUGAAACAUUUGAGUUUUUGUCUA